AUGGGUGAGACAACGUUCGGCGAGACGACCAUGGGCGAGACGACCAUGGGCGAGACGACCUUUGGCGACAUCUCGCUCGGCGAGACGACGUUUGGGGGAGAGACGACGUUCGGGGAGAGCUCGAUGGGCGAGACGACGAUGAACGAGACCGGAAGGAGUGCUGGCUUGUCAGAGGCGUCGUUUGGCUCGAUGACCAGCUCAAUGGUGUCUAUGCAGGCAUCGCGUCUGUUGCCGGCUUCCGUGGUGCCAGCGGUUAACGAUGUGAGAGACGACAUCUUUGGUGUGGUGGCUCGUGGAGAGUACGGAGUUUUGCGGCAGUACGUCGCCGCGGGCCUGCCCGUCACCGAGCUCAAGGAUCCGAGCCACAACAACGAGUCCCUGCUACACAUCCUCAUCCGCUCCUUUGGCAACCAUCACUACCGGAAAGAGCUCAUGCUCCUUGCCAACGCAGGUGUCGCUAUCAACGGGAUCGAUGUCCACGGCAACACUCCGCUGCAUCUGGCGGUCGAGCUCGGGCACGCCCGCGCCGUCCGUCUCCUCCUCCUCCUCGGCGCCGAUUACACCAUCCGCAACCGGGUCGGCGGCACGCCGCUUGCGCUGGAACGCGCCGCAUCUGUCCUCCGCUCGUCCGAGGCCAAGUUUGAGUCGACCAUGCCCAUCUCACAGUGGCGGGCAACGAGGCACGAUCCAGUCGCCCGCGCCGCGCUCCGCGAUCAGUGGCUUACGGCGCUGGCCGACGAUGAGGCUCGCCAGCUUCAGCUGGAGUGGGAGCGCGCUCGCGAGUUCAUUGCCCAGGGUGACCUCAAGUGGCUCAAGUACGCCGUCGAGAACACAGGUGUCGACGUCAACGAGAGGUAUCCGGAUGCCCAUGGCGGCGUCACCCUCCUCAUGUUUGCCAUCGCCAACGGCAACGGUCCGGCGGCAGAGUAUCUGCUCGAAAUGGGCGCAGACGUCAACCAGGUCACCAUCGAGGGCUGCUCGGCGCUUCACUUUUGCGUGACCGACAACCCAGCCGAGGCGCCCGAGCGGAUGGACAUGCUGCUCACGCUCCUUGACCUGGGCGCUGAUCCGACUCAGGUCGGCGAUCCGCAUGGCGCCACCGUCGACGCUCGCGGUGCCGCCUCACUCGCUGCCGCUUUCAACUUGCCGCGCAUCGGCACGCCGGCCCAGUACGCCGCCACUCAUGGCUGUCACGACAUGGCCCGGAUCCUGCUGCAGGCCGAGGAGGAGUGGCACGCCAAGAAGCGUGCCGCCACGCCUCCACUCUCGCUCUCGCCCAACCCAUACAAGCGCGACGCGCGGGCCCAGACCAGCAUGGGUGCGACCCACGAUGCCCCGGCGGGGCCAUCGCCGGGCUUUGCUGCCCGCUACGGCUCGACGGCUCCGGCUUCCUCGGCAGCGGGCUCGCAGACACCAGCCUCUUGGACAGAGCGCUACUACGCCCAGCAGGAGGCGGGACGCGGGACUUACCCGACGUCGUCGUCGAUGAGUGCGGGUACGAGCCAGGCGAGCCACGGGUCGAUGACCACUCCUGCCCCGCGCCGGGCGACCCUCGCUGGCGCCGCGCUUGCUGCAGCAGGUGGUCCGCAGCAGGCAAGCGUCGGCUCGUCGGUCGUCCAGGCUGCCCUCGACGCCCGGCGAACAAGAUCGACUACAGCCACGCCGCGCAGCGGCAUGACUACUCCCAAUCCAGGCGAGGAGCUCAUCCCGCGAAGCCGCGCAAACUCGACCGCCAACUCGACCACGUCUGGUCAGAGCAGAAGCCGGGCAAACUCGGCGGCGUCGUCGAUGUCAGGCAUGAGCAUCGAAGCUCAGGCCCAAGCUCAAGCCCAUGCGCAUGUCGAAGCCCAGGCCGAAGCUCAGGCCCAGCCAGAGCCGCGGCCUGCACGGCCUCCGCGGCCGACCCAGCUCGGCGAGACGCCGGUGCCAGCCCAGAUGCCUGCGGUGGCUCCGCAGCAUGCGCAGAUGACCCGCGGCGAAGCAGCCCAGCCGCAGCAUGCAGUCCAUCGUUCGGUCGGCGCCAUGGCGCAACAGGCCGAGAUGUACGACUCGCCGUCGCAACAGGCGACAGCGACGCCAGACGGCCCGUGGACUCGGCGAUUCUUCCAGUCGGACGCCAGCAAUGGUGAGUCUGAGGCGCGGCAGCGGCGCGAUCGCGCGAUGGCGGCGGCGGCUGACGCGGCAGCCGCUGCCGCAGCGGCAGAGGCGUCUGCCGCUGCGGCUGCGGCGGCGGCGGCGGCGGCAGCGGCGCAAGACCAAGUGGGCCACUCGCCCCGGGCGUUUGCUGGUGGCCGAUCGACGCUGCGGAUGUCGGCGGAUGGGCGAGCCCCGACGUUUGCCGAGUCGCUGGCCGAGGCCAACGGCGGAACAGGCGGCGAACGGGUUCGGAUCCGGCGGAGGAAGAAGAUCGGUAGGAGCGAGCAGGCCAAGAGCAGCAAGGGCAAGAGCAAGGGCCGCAACGGGAAGCGAGGGCGGACCGGCAAGGCCGUGGCGCCGUCGCAGCUCGCGCUCGGCAAAACGGUGUCUGUCUCAGGCUACGCCGAUGGCAUCAUCCGCUACCUUGGGCCGACCUUCUUUGGCCAGGGCAUCUGGGUCGGGGUUGAGCUUAUGAAGCCUGUGGGCAAGCACGACGGUUCGGUCUAUGGCUACCGGUACUUCAAGUGCAAGUCUGGUCAUGGGGUGUUUGUCUCGCCCAAGGACAUCACGUACGCCACCGAUCCAAAGAAGUGGAUCCCCAUCGGUGUGUAAACUCGUGUGCUCUGCCGCGGCGUGCGGACGGAGCCGAGACGC